AUGGACUGUUUAGUUGACCGAACAAAAGGUAUGGCCUCCGGCAACUCUCAGCCAAACUUUUUUCUUUAUUCAUUUAUCGUUUUUUAUUUAUUCCUCUUUUUAUUCUUAUUAUCUUGCAUUCUUCUUCUUCUUCUUCUUCUUCUUCUUCUUCUUCUUCUUCUCUUUUUAACUUUGUUUUUGAUUAUCCUUCCAUUUUAUUUUCUUUGCUUUGAAUUUUACCUCUCCUUCUCUUUAAGUUUCUUUUCUUCUUUUUCUGUAUCUUCUCUACUUUUUUUCUCUUUAUCCUUUUUCAAAUUGCCUUCUUUCUUCUUGUUAUUUUCUUUCUUUCUUAUUGUUUUUCAUGUCACUUUCUUUCAUUUUCUUGUAUAUUUCAUGGAGAUUAUACUUCCAUAUUUUCUUCUCACCUCUUUUCUACGACUUUCUUCUUCGUUUUUUUGUCCUUUUUUACAACUAUUCGUUGUAUUAUUAUUCUUCCUUCAUAUUUUCCUUCUCUUUAGCCUUUUUUCUCUACUUUUUCUUCUUCUAAUUUUCUUACUUUUUAUUUUUCUUGCAUUUUCCUUCAUUUUGUCUUGCUUUUUUUGUCUCUCUUUCUUCCCAUUCUCUUGCUUCUUCUUUUUCUACUCUUCUUCUUGCUGUAGUUGCUGUUAUUCUUAUUAUUAUUCGUAUUUUUGUUUUUGCUUCCUCCAUUGUCUUUUUUUGUCAUUUUUCUUUUCUUUUUUCAUCUUUUUAACAUUUCUUUGGCUUCCUUCUCUUCUUCUUUCUCACAUACGUUUACAUAUUCCUUUUCUUUGUUCUUAUAUUUCCCCUUUCUCUUUUCUUUUUUCUUCCUCCUUUUGCAUUUAUUUUGUCCCUUCUUCCACCUUAUCUUCUAUUUAUUUUUCAACUUCUCCAUUUUCUUUUUUCCUCUUUAUUUUCUUUUACAACUUUUUACUCUUCUCUAAAAAAAUUCUUCUUUUUUCCGUUUUUAACGUCUUUCUCUUCUUUCUCUUAACUUGUUCCUCUUUUUUCUCGAUUUCAUUUCUUCCUCUUCUUCCCCUUUUAUCUUCUGCCUAUUCUCUUUUGUAUCUAUCUAUCUACCUCUGUUCAUGUCUGUCUACCUCACUCUGUUCAUAUCUAUAUCUAUCUAUCUAUCUAUCUAUCUAUCUAUCUAUCUAUCUAUCUCAGUCUGUUCGUAUCUAUCUACCUCACUCUUCAUAUCUAUCUAUUUAUCUAUUUGUUUAUAUCUAUGUAUCUAUUCAUUUAUUAUAA